UGGUGCUUAAUUAAGCAGAACUAGCACAAGUACUUAGUUUUUGUGUGGAUCCCACCUGCUAUUAUAUUAAUUUUUUGCUAAACACCCCCUCUAAGCACCCCUAUUAAUGAUGCUCCUUGGAUCGGCAAACGCUAAACUCCUACAAACUUCGUUGAUAUAAAGCGUAAAGAAAUAUACAUACAGAAAAGCAGAUAUAUAGCGUAUACGUAUUUAUAAUAUAUUGUGGGAACAAACCCAAUCAGUAAAAUGGACCCCAUCCUUUUUUUUUUUGGUUAAUCAGGAUGGGUUCGGGCCUUCGGCCUUAAUCCCCCCCUGAGCACGGAACCAGCCGGCGUCUGUACCCACCAGGGGGCCUAAGUCAUUCCGUGACCGGGUCUCGAACUCGUGAUGGCGGGCACCUCAGUUGAGGUUCCUUUACCACUAGACCACGAGGCCCGGUUGACCCCAUCAGUUUAUAUCUAUAAAUAACGUCCCAAACCUCUCUCCCCUUAAAAUGCAACAACACUCAUCUUUACCAAAAUACAACAACUUUUGUUUUCGUAAUCGCUAAGAAGAUGUCGCUAGCUAUCGCGGAGGUUUACACGGUGAGGAAGUUUCACAGAGAGAGUCUGAAGAAACCGGCCAAAGCAACGGUUACCGGCGAGGGAGAUGAAAAGAUCAUCGGAGGUGGGCUCCGGGAGGUCAUGAAAACGCUGGUGAAACAGAAUGGAACUAGAAGAUUUGGACAGUGGUUUGUUGGGAAGCCAAACAAAAGCUCGGCUAAAGUUUCGGAUCCCACGACGAUUGAGUGAUAAAGAAGAAGAAACGUGUUCUCUUGUUUUC